AUGGAUAUUGAUCCUUACCCAGCUUCCCAGCCUGUCCACGGGCAAGAUCAAUUGGCGCCUUCAGGGCACGACAGUGGCACCAAUUCGUCCCAGAGCCAAACCCAGUCCAUUACUGAUUCGCAGACUUCCAACGCGUCCUCUGCAACAGACCAGGUUGCCACACCCCCUGGAAGCGAUUCGGGUAGUGGCGUGGAACGUCCUCCGGUUGCAGAGGUAACCGCCAUGUUGAAAAACAGAUAUGCCAAUGUUGGCCCGGAAGUGACGACGGGUGUAUCUAGUCAAGAUAGCCAGCUGCACCAACUAUCUGCCAUUGCUGCUGUGCAAGAUAGGCUGGGGCUAGAUGCCGCCGGGCUUCCGAGAAAGAGGAUGGCUGACGGCGAGGUCAAAGAUCGUAAAGGAAGCAUGAGUCCGGUAAAAGGACAUUCCCGGACUACUAGUACUGUCAGCGUUGCCUCGACAGCCGGAAGUACGAUAGGUGAGGUAUGUAUGAGUUCGAAGGGAAAGCUGUCCUGCUGCCUGAGCGCCGAUGCUGAUUUGGUACAGCUUUCUGCAGAGUUGCGGACAAGACUGUCCUACGCUAUGGUCAAGGUGAACAACGGAUGGCAGGCUAGAAAUCUGGACGAGGUUGAAAGUCUGGCCUCCCAGGCCACAUCACCAGCCUCGAGCACAUCCACUGUACAUCGAAGGAAGGGAUCGUCUGCGAGCCCGCGCUUGCCUUCGACAGUCACGCCUUCUCACCCGCAGUUCACCUACGAAUCGAUGAACUAUAAGGGCAAAUCGAAUUCUCCGCCAUCUGCGAACUUUGAUAAGCCAACCUUGGCUCCGCCAGCGUCUAUCCAGCCAUCUUCCUCGAUGCCUGCUCCGAGGUCGAACCCACGACGGAAUUCUAACCCUCGAUAUACACCCACUAUGCUGUCUCACUCGCAUUCAGCAUCCGCCAAUGCAUCUGCGCAGACCACGCCCAUUAGCAACGGAAUCAGAAGAUCGCACAGUCAUUUGGAUGCCAACAUGUACUCACCACACCAUAAGAACGUCAGGGAGCAAGAUGCCAUUGAGACGCUUUUGUUUAUGAGUAGUCCUGGAAACUCGGCCAGCUUAAAACACACUUUUUCGCCAUCGGGCUCGCCUGGUCCACAGCCAAGCGCCCCUCCGAGGAGCGUUGGUGAACGGCAUGCUCUUCCGUCUGGACCUCGACGUGGUUUGCCGGGAAGCCGGCCUCCCUCUUCAGCCAAGAAGGUCGGAUUUGACAAGUCACCCGGCGUGCCUCCGCCACACUCACCUAUGGACCUUGACUCGCCACAGCAACAGCAUUAUGCCGCCCACAGCAGAUCCACGCCAAAACGGCAGGCUACGAGUCUAGCGAGCCGACACAGAACCACACUGUCAUUGCCCAGCGGUCUCGGUCUCGGCAACGGCACUGCCCGAAAGGCUCUGCGAGACGAGGAUAUUGAGCGGAUGCUGGAUCAUGCUGGAGCAGAGCUGGCGGACAGUUCUGACGACGAAGAGAUCCAGUUACCGCCGGGCCGUAAUCGACUAGCCGGCGCCAUGGGAAUAUAA